AUGGCCCGGCCGGGUUUCAAACUCAAGGCAGUUCUUAAUGACGAUGUGCUUGAGAUCGAGGCCGCCUUGGAGAAGCACCCUCGCCUCGUCAUUGAAGCUCUGAUUGAAGCCUUUCUUCUAUGUCCAAUGGACGAAGGCAUAUUAGCUCGGCUUCAACUAGGAGACUGUUUCCGCCGAUCCCUUCAAUCCAGCCGGCUAAGAACACCAUAUCGACUACAUACCAUCGUCAAUGAAUGUAAAACUGGGAGGACGGACUCACGUUCGCUGGAAGGGGAAUUCUAUAACCAUGGCGGUGUUCGUGCUGUAGCUGCUCUCGCAACUGCAGCAACAGAUAACAAGCAGGUCAUGACACUACUCAGGCACCUCCCAGAACAGCAUCUGCAGGCUCUUUUAAGGUCCAUAGACGACAUCGAACCACACCGCGACUUUAUCUUUAUCGUGGAGACUUUAAGCAGGAGAAAACCGCCAAGGUUAUCAAAGAAGAAGAGCAUUCCAGCACCUCGAUCCCGUCGGCGUUUCCCCUGGUCUGAUGGUGCCAAUAAACCACCGAAUACGAUAGAAGAGCAAGUUGCUGGUCAAGGGCGGUUUGCAGAAUGCUCGGUCAAAAAAUCGCCUCCUAGGACCGGAGGUGUUGAACUCGGGAAAGCACCUGAUGAGCAUGAUGUUCCAUGUCCAAGGUCUACCCCUCAUAUGAUUGAGACACUAAGUAGAGCUGCCCCCUGUGAUCAAGCAUCCACACACCGCUGUUACAGCACCCCAAACGCCACUAGCCAUCCUGCUGCAAAUUUGGCAGGAGCCGACCAGAACAAAUCACAAAUUGUCUUCUCGGAACCUGUUCCGAAUGUGGCACACGCACCUGUCACAGGUACACAAUAUCCCCAUCCUGCGGUGGUCCAAGAAAUAAAGGAGAAACGACGCACAGAUUUGUGCGAGCCACGAGUGUGUGAUUUACAGACUGCGGGAACCGUGCUAAAAUCUUUUACUGUCAGGAUACCCUUACCCAACGGGCGUUACAUCGGACUUUGGAGGCACAUGGCAAGACUCGGGUAUGUGCAAGAAAUUCAGACAAGAAAUGGAUGCAGUUAA